AUUUCUCUUCUGUAGUUCAGUAUAGUGCAAUAAUAAACUAGAACCAAAGCAUAUGCUCAUUCUUUCUUUUACCAACUUUUAUAUCAAAUGCUGCUUUAAAAAGAAAUUCUUUCCUUUGAAAGUAUGUCUUUUCUUCUUUAAAAUUGUGAAACAUUUUCUAGAACCAAGUUCUUGAUCUCUUGAAUAGGAGUCUUGGCGUGACCGAUAAAGUUGGUGUCAUCAUGUGAUCACGAGAUCACUCACAGCUUGAAAUGUAGGGUAAGGCCACGUGCAAUAGACCCUUGUGAUCCGGCCCUUCCCCAGAUCUUGUGCAUAAUGGGAGCUUAGUGCACCGGAUUGCCCUAUAGUUCUUGCUCUCUUCUUGCAAAGAACAAUUUUGACCAUCAAGAAACAUAGUGGGAAUCGAUAGGAUCAUCCACACCUUAACUAGAGGUCUCGUGUUGGAGCCUUGUGAAUGAAAAAACUCCUGAUGGAAAAGACAAGUUGGUUGCUACUGGUGAUAUUAGUGUUGGUGCUUUUAGUAGGAGCAGAGGGAAGAAAAUCAAGAAUUCUUGAUGAGUCUUCUUCUUAUGAUUUAGAGUACAAAGCAAUAAGUUGUAGAGCACACAGUGCAUCAAUAACAGAUUUUGGAGGAGUUGGUGAUGGAAAAACACUUAACACUAAAGCAUUUCAAGAAGCAGUGAAUCAGUUGAGUCAGUAUGCAUCAGAUGGUGGAUCACAACUUAUAGUACCUGCUGGUCAAUGGCUCACUGGUAGCUUUAAUCUUACUAGCCAUUUCACUCUCUUCCUUCAAAAAGAUGCUGUUCUUCUUGCUUCUCAGGAAAUAAAUGAGUGGGCUGUUAUAGACCCAUUACCAUCAUAUGGUCAUGGUAGGGAUGCAGCAGGUGGAAGGUACAUCAGUCUUUUAUUUGGCACUAACCUUACUGAUGUUAUCAUCACAGGUGAGAAUGGAACAAUAGAUGGGCAGGGUGAACUUUGGUGGCAGAAAUUUCACAGCAAAAAGCUAAAAUACACAAGACCUUACUUGAUUGAACUUAUGCAUUCUGAUAAUAUUCAGAUAUCAGAUCUAACCCUUGUCAACUCUCCAUCUUGGAAUAUCCAUCCUGUUUAUAGCAGCAAUAUCAUUAUCCAAGGCAUCACUAUUUUAGCUCCAGUAAAAUCUCCAAACACUGAUGGAAUCAAUCCAGAUUCUUGCACAAAUGUAAGACUUGAAGAUAAUUACAUUGUAUCUGGAGAUGAUUGUGUUGCAGUUAAAAGUGGUUGGGAUGAAUAUGGUAUAAAAUACGGAAUGCCAACAAGUCAAUUAGUCAUCAGGCGCCUGACUUGCAUUUCGCCUUAUAGUGCUGCAAUAGCAUUAGGAAGUGAAAUGUCAGGUGGGAUUCAAGAUGUGAGAGCCGAGGACAUCACGGCCAUCAACACAGAAUCAGGGGUGAGGAUCAAGACUGCUGUUGGCCGAGGCGGUUUUGUCAAAGAUGUAUAUGUCAAAGGGAUGACACUGCACACAAUGAAAUGGGUAUUUUGGAUGACUGGCAAUUAUGGAUCACAUGCUGACACUCAUUGGGAUCCUAAUGCAUUGCCUGAGAUAAAAGGGAUUAAUUACCGCGAUGUGGUGGCUGAGAACGUGUCAAUGGCUGCUCGGCUAGAGGGGAUUUCUGGGGAUCCGUUUACCGGAAUCUGCAUGUCGAAUGUGACAAUAAGUAUGGCAAAGAAGGCCAAGAAAUAUCCAUGGACUUGCACUGAUAUUGAAGGAAUUACCAGUGGUGUGCAGCCUCCACCUUGUCAGUUGUUGCCUGAUCAGGGCCCAGAAAAGAGUGAAAUGUGUGAUUUUCCUACAGAGAGUUUACCUAUUGAUAACAUAGAGAUGCAAAGAUGUUCCUAUAGAUUGAAUUACUAAUAAGCUCUCCAUAAUGUAUCAGCAAUAUAAGUUAAUGAAACUAUCUGAUAUCUUAGUGUUUUCAUCUUCAA